CUCAACCCCCAAACGCCGCCUCCAGUCAAUGUUACCAUUAAAAAUUAUAAAAAAAGUAUUAAACAUAAAAGCCGCCGAAAAUAGUUUCUCCAAUAACAUAAUGAUGUUCAAUUACAAUUAUUGAAUAUCGAAUAGUGAAAAUUUAGCGUUAAAUACCUGGUAAAAAUCCGUGCAAGUGCCUCAAUUAUUAGUCUUAGGGAGACGUCGUAGUAUUGAAGGCUCGAAGGUUGUCCUAGUCAUCCCUUACAAGAGAGUUUUUUCAUUUAUUUUUUUCAUCGUUGGAAAACUAUCCUCAGCGAUUUUGGAGCAGCAACAAAAAUGGCAAAUUUCCGAGGCUUUUACAUUCCCUCGUUCAGCGCAACGGUAAGUGUAAUGUGGGAAACAGUGAAAGCAAAAAUGCCGGAGAAUAGCCCGUGUAUGGAGUUAAUUCGUGGAACGGGAGCUGGUGGACCUCCGCAACCGGGCCAAUUUAAGGAGUACGGUGAAGGCGGGGAAAAUACAGAAAUGACAACGAUGAAUGGGGAGCAGGCGUUUGGGGGUCAGAACAGCGUGGGGGUGGCCGAGGACUCGUUCAGCUAUCAGCGAAAUGGGGACAAAGCGAGAGGAGCAAGUGUAAGCAGUGGAGGCUUCAGUGAAUACGAUGACGGUGGUGAAUUUGCUUCAGGAGUCAAGAUCAACGAGUGGCAAGCCGCUUGGAACGUUACCAAUGCAAUUCAGGGGAUGUUCAUUGUCUCACUUCCCUUCGCAGUCCUACGAGGUGGCUACUGGGCGAUUGCAGCAAUGAUAGGAGUCGCUCACAUCUGCUGUUACACAGGUAAGAUCCUGGUGGAGUGCCUUUAUGAAUUGGACACGGUAACUGGUCAACGCGUUCGCGUCCGGGAUUCCUACGUAGCGAUCGCCAAAGAAUGCUUCGGGCCGAGGUGGGGAGCUAGAGCUGUCAACCUGGCGCAGAUAAUCGAGCUCUUGAUGACUUGCAUCCUCUACGUCGUGGUCUGUGGGGAUCUACUGAUCGGUAGCUACCCAGAAGGUGCGAUAGACGCUCGAAGUUGGAUGAUGCUGGUGGGCAUAUUCCUCAUCCCCCUCGGUUUUUUGAAGACCCUCCAGUCAGUUUCCAUCCUUAGCUUCUGGUGCACAAUGGCUCAUUUAUUGAUCAACGCUGUAAUCCUUGGUUACUGUCUCUUGGAAAUUGGGGAUUGGGGCUGGUCCAAAGUCAAGUGGACUAUUGACAUGGAGACCUUUCCAAUUUCGUUAGGAGUUAUUGUCUUCAGCUACACUUCCCACAUAUUUUUACCAACUCUCGAGGGUAACCUAAUCGACAGAUCCAAAUUCGAUUGGAUGAUCAACUGGAGCCACAUCGCAGCUGCAGCCUUCAAGUCCCUCUUCGGUUGGCUUUGCUUCCUGACCUUUCAAAAUGACACCCAACAGGUCAUCACGAAUAAUCUACACUCCACUGGUUUCAAGGGACUCGUCAAUUUCUUUUUAGUCAUUAAGGCCAUUCUGUCAUAUCCUUUACCAUAUUAUGCAGCGUGUGAACUUCUCGAAAGGCAGUACUUCAGGGGAAGACCCAAGACCAUUUUUCCAACUAUCUGGACUGUUGAUAAGGAGCUGAAAGUCUGGGGACUGGCUUGGAGACUUGGGGUCGUUAUGUUCACUAUUUUGAUGGCCAUAUUUAUUCCGCAUUUUAGUAUACUGAUGGGUUUCAUUGGAUCUUUCACUGGGACUAUGCUGUCAUUCAUUUGGCCAUGUUACUUUCAUUUGAAGCUCAAGAGGAAUUCGAUGGAUACCAGCGAGGUUGCCUAUGAUUGUUUUGUAAUUUUUCUGGGAGUCUUGUUUGGUGUUAUUGGGGUUUAUGACUCUGGGAAGGCACUCGUCAAGGCUUUCGAAAUUGGAUUGCCUUUUUAAAAGCUUCGAGAAA